CUGGCUACUCUCUUGAUGUGUGUAGUCUGUAGUUUCAUAUUGUUGAAAUUUGAGGUUUGAAUAGUUUUACACAGCUCUCAUAAAAAAUUUGAUUUUGAACACCAGUAGCGAAAACUGGAUUUGUUUAUAAACUUUCACAUAAAGACUCCACCCUUCAGUACAUCAUUUUCCAGCACUGCGAAGUUUUGAUGUACUUUGUUGUCAAACAUUUGUAAUAAGAUUGCUAUUCAUGGUGCUCACUUUUUCCAAGCCUUAAAUUGAAGUAGCAACUACUCGUAUAUGCACGCUGAGGUAAAACACCAGACCAUGGACUUUGAAAAUAAAAUACGUGCAUUUUGAUUUUUUUUUCCGUGAUGUAUCGAUUUGUAUCAAAUUCCGUAAGGAUUAUCUACCGAAUCCUAAACAGUGUGGGACUUGGACAACAAGGUUCGUUAUGCGCUAUCUUGUACAUCAUUUAUCUUAAUGCAUCGCGUACUUUUCUCGUAGUGUAUUACGUACAAAAUUCGGCCAUCAUCCAGUCCUGUGAGCUACUGUAGCUCACAGGACUCUGUGAACACCUGUUGAAGAUGCCAACCACUCGUGUUGGCGAAACGAAUGAAAAUAUUUUACGGCGGCCAAACUACCCAAAAACCGACCAAAUAAAUCACAGUCUGACAGUUUAGAUUGCAAAAUUCGAUCCAGGUAAAGGUGAUGUCCACACUUGUUUCUCGUGUCCGCACCAAUUCGAAAACUACUUGGAGACGGUUAGUUACUCAUAGAUGGCGCUGUAGCCAACUAUAUUAGCAUAUUCGCUAAUCUUCAGUUAGAAUACGUUAUUCAAUGGUUUCACCUACAUCCCAUGUACGUGACGUCACGUGUACAUGACUUAUUGCGAUUAUCAGAUAUCGAACACGCUGUGAAGAAGGAAUGACGCAACAACUGUUUUGUUGUAUAUUGAUAUUUGCCUAAUCUACGGCAACUCGUAAUUCGAAAGCAGGGUUUGUGGGUUACAGAUUUGUAGGAUACUAUAUGGAGUAUAUUUUUGUAACAAGAUGUGUCAGGGAAAAUAUGAUCGCAUUGAGCUGUUUGCCAGCAAGGGACAUGUGUACAGGGUCAGUGCUAUUUAAUCAUCGAUUCCGAUGUGCGAUCUGACACAAAGGCUUGUAAUCUGACAGUUGCAGCCUUAAGGAUGCGGGAUUGUUUUUAAAGAUACAAAUUACAGGUUGCCGUGACGCCAGCCGGAAACCAGGCUAUCACAGAGUACAUUAAGGAUCUUAAAGAGUUGAAGGAAAAUAAGGGCAAGGAAAAAAUGAUUGUGGAGAACAAGGAGAAUCAUGAUUCCAUGGCUGAACCGACUAAAGAUACAACUUUGCAAAUAAAAGCUCCUAGGUCCAACAAACCAUUGAUAAAACCAGCGGUUCCUUUGAUCACUCCAGCUAUUAAAGUGGAUAAACCUGAACUGUCAAAGAAGAGGCCACACUGUUCAUCUCCAGAGCAGAAUACCACCAACAAAAAAUUUUUCAGGUUCAGGUCUCGCCCGAAAGGUGUAGUUACCAUGAAUAAAAACAUCAAGGUCAGGGUUGAAAAUGGUGAAAUGGUUCUUUUGGAGCAAAACGGCAUCCAGCAUAAAGGCCAUGAAGACCAAAACAUGAACUCUAAUGAGGUUAAAACUGAGAACGUCGAAUUCGAUGAAAGCGAUUUCAGCCAAGAAGAGCCGAGCAUGCCUUCGACAAACAUAGAUGACAUCCUGUCAGUUCUUGAUGAUGAAAGUGAGGCUGAAGAUGGCCAACAAGUAAUUUUGCCUGUGCAUAAUUCCACCACAAUAUCAUUGGAUAAUGGGAUACAACUACAUGAGCAACCUGUCAGUAGGGAUCCAAUUUGCCCCGCCAGUAUCAUUCUGUCACCGAUAUCUCAGAUGUGCAAUGUUACAUCGGGAUUGGAUCUGAACAGUCCAAAGCGCAUCAAGAACCUCGCUCCAGUACUCGAAGAAAUUGGCAACAAUAUUGAAAAUAAGAACACCACUGAGGAUGAAAAGCUUUAUCCUGUUUUCCACCAACAAAAAGCAACCUCAACUGACAAUACCAAAAACCUCAAAGCUAUGAACAACACAGUCAAAAAGAAGUUCAAAAAGAUAGCAGCAGACCAGAUGUUGCUGGACGCUGGCCAGAAGCGGUUUGGAGUGACUCAAUGUCUGGAAUGUCAGUUUAUGUACCACUUGGGUGAUCCCAGUGAUGAAAUGAUUCAUACGAACUACCACCAGGCCAUCCAUAUUUUCCGAUUCCACGGUUGGAAAAAUGAACGAAUGGUAGUAACAAUUAACAGUGACAGGAUUAUUCAGAUAUUGCCGCAUGAUUCUAAACUUUGGUUGAAAAGGAUACAAGAUCUGAUGGGUGUAGUUGACAGAGAGCUAGGAUAUUAUGAUUCUCCAUUUAGCGUUGAUAAUGUCCAGACUUUCCUCUACGUAAAAAAUCGGCUGAUAGUCGGCUGUAUUGUCGCAGUACCCGCAUCCCAAGGCUACCGCAUGCUCACCACAGGGCCGGACGAAGGCGAUUUUUGUUCGAAAACAGUAUGCCCAAUCAAAUGCGGCAUCUCUAGAAUCUGGGUUUCAUCCAGCCAUAGACGACAGGGUAUCGGCAAAGCUCUGAUGGACGCUGUUAAGGCAAACUUUAUUGUCGGGUAUCCGUUAGAUGACGGUGAGAUCGCUAUGAGCUCUCCUACAGGGAUGGGCAAGUCGUUUGCUGUCAAGUAUUUUGGAACGCCAAAUUUCCUAGUGUACUUUCCAUAGUUUUAAGAUUAUAGUGUGCCUUUAAAUGCCAGUAUUAUAGAAGAUAGGUUGAAAUCAAUUCUAAUUGGUGUUGUCUUUCAUAUACGGGGAAAUGGAGCUGGGACACCUUGUUCCUUUUAUUGAUUCGACUCCAUGGUUUCGAUUCGGGUCUGGGAAUCAAUUCUUUCAAUUCGUGCACGGUUCCUUUUAAUUCAGAUUCGAUUUUACCGAGUGGAACUCUUUGAAAUUUUAUUAAGAUAUUUGUUCUCCAAGUAAGAUCUUAGGAUUUGUUUACAUAGGAGCAUCUUUGUAAUUUUUUUAUAUUUUUUUUCAGCAAUAUUUUUAUUUCAAUCUGUCUUCUCGUAAAUAUAUAUUUUACUUAAUAUAUGACAAGUACAAUAAUCGCAAAUGGAAGCCAUAGUUCAACUGCCUCUAAGCAACAAAAUAUUUGUCAAAAGCAGAUUGAUGUUGAUAUUUUUGCAGGAAUGAUCAUUGAAUAUUAUAUUUUGAUUCAGUGUUUUCAUAGACCAAAGGUACCUGAAAUUUAAAGUAUAACCAACCAGUAUGCUCUAAGCAUAAGCAUUAUACUAGAUGACCCAUCUCCAAUUUUGAUUGCUGAAUUGUUGAAUAUACAGCAUCUACUGUUUCUAAUGCAUCUUGGAUUAAACAUAUUUUCUGAUGUUUUUCUUCUACUGAUUUGUAUAUGUUGUAUGAAUUACUUUCGGGAGGUAUACAAUUAAAAAUUGGAAAUACUCCGAAAAGAAAAUAGCAGGUUUUAUUAGUCGAUUUUACCAGUUGGGUCAAGCUUCAAUCUGUUUUUCCUUAUCUACUUUUAUUGUUAAUUUUUUGAUCCCAAAACAUUACAAGUACAACCAUAUAAUCUCAAGAUAAUAUUGUAAAAUAUAGAUGUAUUCUUGCAAGUUUUUAUGUAGAAUUAGAUUAAUAUAUUCAGUUAGUUUAUAAGUGAUUUGCCAUAUACAUUCUAUGUACCUUUCCACAAGAAUAUUAAUAUUUAUUUUGUACUUUUAUACGUAUAUCACAAGUCAAUAAAAAA